AUGACUUCAUUAUGCGAGUGGAUCGAUAUGAAAAUAAGGGAUGAUGACAUAAAUUAUUUUGAUUAUGAUGAAUUUAGUAAUUUUGAAAAAGUUGGCGAAGGAGCGUUCGGAAUUGUGAAUAAAGCUGAUUGGAAAAGUUGUGGUAUUAAAAUAGCAUUAAAAAUUAUCGAAUAUAAUUCAGUCAAUCAAGAUAAUAUGAAUAGAUUUCUUAAAGAGUUAAGAAAUUUAAGAAAAGUUAAUUUCCAUCCGAACAUAAAUCGAUUUUUAGGAAUUACAAAAGAACCAAUAACAAAUAAUUAUAUAAUGGUGUUACAAUACGCUAAUCGUGGAAAUUUAAGAGAAUAUUUAAAAAAUAAUUUUAAGUCACUUAAUUGGGAUGAUAAAAUUCGGAUGGCAUCAGAAAUUACUUGUGGAUUGAAAUGUUUACAUUCUAGAAAAAUUAUUCAUAGAGAUUUGCAUGCAAAGAAUAUAUUAGUUGAUAAUAAUAAUUUGAUGAUUGCGGACCUUGGGUUAUCUAAACAUUUAACGGGUGAAAUUACAUCAAAUUCAAUAGCUUGGGGGAUGUUAGAAUAUAUUGAACCGCAAUGUUAUGUUGUUGAUAAUUAUGUAAGAGACAAAAGAUCUGAUAUUUAUAGUUUAGGAAUUCUUUUAUGGGAAAUAACAAGCGGGUAUCCUCCUUUUCCAAGUAUUUCAAGAGCUACUUUAUGUUAUAGGAUUGCAAAUGGAUAUAGAGAAUCACCAAUGAAUGAUACACCAUUAGAAUAUGUUGAACUUUAUCAGAAAUGUUGGGAUAAUGAUCCAGAUUUAAGACCGAAUGCUGAAGAAGUUUACGAUACAUUGAAACGUUUUUCUAAAGAUAAUUCUACGGUUGAUAUUAAAAUAAAUAUUUAUAGUGAUGAAACAAAUUCUAAUAGUUCUAAUAUAUUGAAUAAUGAAAAUAAUUUACAAUCACGAUCAUACUUAACAAUUGAUGAUAAUAUUAACGAACUGAAUUUAGCGCAAUUUACUAGUCAAAUUAGUACACCAUCAAUGAUAUCAUCUAGUAUUAGUGAAUAUGAAAAAGGUUUAAGAGAUGAUUUAGAAGAAAUUAUUCAAAAUUAUUUAAAAAGAAAUAAGAUUGGAUGGAUAAAAACUUUUGAUUUUAAUAAAGUAUUAGAAAGAUAUGAAUCAAGAUCAAAAGAAAUUUUUAAUUACCUUAUAAAUAAUCCUACUUUACAAUAUUAUGAAUUAAUGUUAGGAGUCUUUUAUAAUAGAGGUUUUGGAGUAAAUAAAAGUAUAAAUAUAGCAUUCGAAUGGUAUAUGAGAUCAAGUCAACAAAAUGAUUUCAAUGGAUAUUAUGAGGUUGGAUUUUAUUAUUAUCUUGGUUAUACCGUUGAAAAAAAUUAUAAUGAAAGAUCAUUGGAAUUUUGUCAACAUGCUGUUAAUAAUGGAUUAAAUAUAGCUUUACAUUUUCUUGCAUCUUGUUAUCAUCAAUUCAAUUAUAAUGCACAAAAUAAUUCAAUUAUAGCAUUCGAAUUAUUUAAAAAAUCUGCUGAAAAUGGAUUUAUACCAUCUCAAUAUGAAUUAGCCGAAUGUUAUAAAAAUGGUGAAGGUACUCAAAAAAAUAAAAUAGAAGCAUUAAAAUGGUAUAAAUCAUAUCAAGAAAAUGAUGGUGAAAUUAAUGUAUCAUAUCCAAUUAAAGAUAUUGAAAAUGAAUUGUUUAUUCGGUCAAUACCAUAA